AUGCCACAUAUGCCCGCUGACGAGGGACCAACGAAGGCAGCAGAGGAUAGCACUGGAGGGGUUAGCAGUGGAGUGGCGCGGAGGAUAGAAAGGGGGGUGUGCAAUAACAAGGAUUCCCGUUCCAUUGAGCACAGCGGCCCACUGGAGAGGGACCAACGACGGCAGCAGAGGAUAGCAGUGGAGGGGAUAGCAGUGGAGGGGAUAGCAGUGGAGGGGAUAGCAGUGGAGGGGAUAGCAGUGGAGGGGAUAGCAGUGGAGGGGAUAGCAGUGGAGGGGAUAGCAGUGGAGGGGUUAGCAGUGGAGGGGAUAGCAGUGGAGGGGGAUGCGGCUGCCGCGCUCGCCGCCGGAGCAGGUGCUGCGACUGUGGGAAUGGGACACGUGGGGUGGGGGGCGCAUGGAGGGGGGCGGUGUGUGCGGCAUUGGGGGACCGACCAUGAAGAUGCGAGUGAGCAAGCCAAGUUUGGGCCUUUGUCGCUGUGCGAGGUGCAUGCUGACUAUGCGAGCAAAUGA